AUGGGAGGGGGGAGGAAGGCCUACUCGGCGCUGCCGACGGACUACAAGCUCCUGGAAGAGGUCGGAUGCGGCGCCAGCGCCACGGUGUACCGAGCGAUCUACCUCCCGUAUAACGAGGUCGUCGCUGUCAAGUGCCUGGAUCUCGACCGCUGCAACAGCAACCUCGUAUAGUCUCCCUCACACCCACCUAUCUCGCUCACUCGCUCUCUCCAUCUGUUGUUAUUCAUAUUUGCUCGUUUUGACCCUUUGAUUUGACUUGGCUUGAUGGUCGUUUCGCCUCGAGUUACUCGUGGCCUUGGAAUAUCGAAUUCGUCCGGUGAAAGCUACGAUCUCCCCGGAAAUUGCUCUACUUUUGUAUGUGAGUCUUACUCGGGGGAUAUUUUAGAGAGAUAGGGAGAUGAGGUAUGCUUUCUGUAGCAGGUCUGGUGGUCUCAGCGAGACCGUCUUAGAGGAUGGAAAAUCUUGGCCGAGAACCAGUCAGCGAGUAUACUCAGGAUUCACAGUAAUAAUCUCUAAAUCUGGUUUUCCAUGGUAGAUCAGUGACUAUCGACAGAUACCCGGCAAGAGUUUUCUCCUCUGCAGAUGGAUGUGGUUUGAAAGCGGCGCAGUAGAUGGUGGGGACAAAGAAUGCAAAAAGUCAUCAUAAAUUAAUUAUAACGCGUGCAAUAACCUAGUCACAGAGUGUCUCUACAAAAGACAAAAUCUGAAGUAGCUACUAGUGAACAAAUCACUUUUUGCGCCCCCCCGUAGCUUCUCUACCCCAAGGUGUUUUUUAUAAAAAGUAAAUAUUGAAAGUAUGCGUGGAAUAGUAGUCAUUGAAAGCAUUAUGAAAUGGUGGUUGUUUCAUUCAUCCAACAUGAUUUUUUUUUCCUUUAGAACAUUGAUAAUGGUUUUUGAUGUUUUUAGUCCCAAAAUUUACAUGUUUUCAGCAUAUGUUAGGUUUGAUCUAGUAUUUAUUAUCUCUCUUGCAAGUCGUUGAAUUAUAAAAUGUCUUUUGAAUGGAACUAAACCCGAUUGUGAAAAGAAGUCCUGCUUUAAUAGUGAGAUUUUUUAUUGGUUUCGUCUAUACCAUAAGUGAUAAUAUUAGGAAGAAGAAAAAAAUAUCUAAGGUCUAAUGUGGUUUCAAAGAGCUUUAAUGGUACUUUCUUCUUGUCCUAUAAAAUACCCCAAUUGCCUUGGUAGUUGCCGGCCUUAUGCAUUUCACCAUUUGAAAAAUGAUUCCCGGCAUGGUGACAGGGAUUGACAACAAGGUCUACGCUGUGUCUUGAGGAAACCAAAAAUGUUGACCGGGGGGAAAAAGUUGAUCCUGAAUUUAAUGUCAUCACGUCCCCUUGCUUUGAUCCAAAUUGAAGGCUGAAACUUUGGUUAAGGGAUUUCGUGGGAAGCUGAGCUGCUAUAUGAGAAAUAUAUUAAGCUCAGUACUCUUUUGGAUUAUCUUUUAUGGUGGAAAGUGGUGGAGAAAUAUCUUGAGAAAAUUAAAAAAGGUAGACAUCUGCAGGUAAAUUGAAAUUGAAUAUCAUUGGGUUAAAAUUGGUUGAAGGAAGAAGGUUUGUCGAGAAAGAUGGCCAAUUAGAAAUUCUGGGAUCAAAUAGAAGAAUGGAAGACGGUAAUACCUGGAUACAGUGUUCAUCAUAAUCUUUAAUAAGAUGCAUCAAACAGGAAAGUAAAAAAUAGGGUGGUAGGGGAAGAAGUGACUUCUGAUUUUAAUUUUUUCCCUAUGAUUAACAAAAAAGACUGGAUUUAUUGGUAUGUGAUGUUGACAUCUGAUUACUGACUAUUUAAGUUAAUAGACAGUAAAAAUGCUAGCUGAGUGGAUGGAGGUCAAGAGGUUCUGUGGAAAAGUUUGAAUGCAGAUGAGUCCUGGGUGUGGAGAAUUAUUUGUUAAAUUUCAAAUUGGCACAGUGAAUGAUAAUUUUUGUUGCUCACUUACUUUACUCUGUGUUAUGGACAGAAUGAUUAUUGUGGUAGAGAGUUUUUUUUUUCUUUUUUUUUUGUGAAGGGUUCUGGAUCUUGUGCCAGGGCGAUCUGAAAAACCAAAUCCAAUGAUUUAGUUCAAGUUUUCCUGCUGGCUGGCAGUCUUUUGCAGUUGUCUGAUUUAUUGCUUCAUAAGCCCAGUAAUAUUCAAUUGCUGGUGGUUGGUGGAUGAAUGCAAAUUGUACGAAAUUUAAAUGUAGAGACAGGUCUUUAAGGGUGUAUGCAGGUAUUCAUUUUUACGUAUUUUUAGUGUCAAUCUGAAACCCUAAACGUAUGUGCUAGCUUAUUUCUUAAAUGUUUGACCUUAAUCUGUGAUUAAAUUUUAACGCUUUUUGCAAUUAUCUGUGGACAGGAUGACAUACGAAGGGAGGCGCAAACAAUGAGUUUAAUUGAUCAUCCUAAUGUAAUAAGGGCACAUUGCUCGUUUGUUGUCGAACGAUUUCUCUGGGUGGUCAUGCCAUACAUGACAGAGGGUUCAUGCUUGCACCUGAUGAAAGUGGCACACACAGAAGGUUUUGAAGAACAAGUUAUUGGCUCUGUUCUUAAAGAAACACUGAAGGCAUUAGAGUACCUCCACAGGCAAGGGCAUAUCCAUCGUGAUGUCAAGGUUAGAAUGUUUCUGUAUCGAUAUGCAAUUCUAUCCAUUAAAAAGGUGAAAUGAAAUGCCUUAACACUUAAAUGUCAUAGGCUGGGAAUAUCCUCCUCGACAGUACAGGAGUGGUGAAACUUGGUGAUUUUGGAGUCUCAGCUUGCAUGUUUGAUACGGGCGAGAGACAAAGGUCAAGAAAUACAUUCGUUGGAACUCCAUGUUGGUGAGAUGCACUAUUUAUUUUGAAUGAAUCUUGUCAAUUCCUUCACUGUUUAAAAAACUUUUUCAGUGUCCACUUUUGUGUUGCACUCCACAUAUUUCUUAGAACUUGGUCGCUUUUUGUUGGACAGGAUGGCUCCAGAGGUGUUACAGCCUGGUAGCGGUUACGAUUUUAAGUGAGUUUUCGUCCAAAAAAAAUGUCUUCCUUUCACCAAUUGGAACUUCUUUUUGAAUUACAACUAUGGUUCCUAAUUUCCUAUCUGAUCUCCUCUUUUAGUCGGUGGCUCCAUCAGUUUGUUACCCUGUUCGAUUUUUAUUUGUGUCCUUGUACCUAUCAUCCAUUUAAAACAUUCUGCAUGUGGUACUAACAGCCGAUGCUCUAACUCUGCUGCUUUUCAAGAGAAUUCAGUGGAUGCAUUUAACAAAUAUGUGCAGCAUUGAGUCAUUUUUAAGACAGUCUCAAGAAAUAUCCAUUACUUUUCUGCACACACUCCAUUGAUAUCAUUUGAUACCGCAUAAGUAUCUAUGUCGAUUUUCUAGUUUGUAUGCGUGGGCAUUGAAAGAAUGAUGUGAUCUCAAGUUUUGCAUUGAUUUGAAAUAAUUAAACAUAUGAAAACUUUAAUUCCGCAAAAUUAAGUCAAACUUUCAGGAAGAAGUUAGAUGAUAAACUUUGCAUGAUGCUGUAAGGCUGUAAAGAUCAUCAUCAUCCAAGACAAUGCAACUGAAAUAAUUUCCAGAAUACAACUCUAUUGCCUGAGAGUUCUAAAAGGAAAUUUACUGAGGUAAGUUGGGCAUAAACAAUUGUUCUAUGACUGGAAAACGGAAGAGGGCUCUCAUCUGCAAAUAAUAAUUGAUCAAUUAUGCAUAAUAUUCCGAGACUGCCUUACAUCAAUGAUUAAAUUUUAACUUUUUUAUAUCCAGUUACUAUUUUGACGCACCAGGCAAUGAAGUGAGGUGAAUAAGCGUGCCAUUCAUAGCUUUUUCAGUUUCCUUUUCAAUAUCUCCCCUAUCAUUCCUUAUGAGUUUUUUUUUAACAUUCUAUAUUGGAAACGUUUCUUUGCACACUUUUUGUUUCAUAUAUUUUAUUUCAAACUUUUUUGAGGGACAGGUAUUGGGGAGUUAUUUAUCAUUCGCUUUGCUGGUAUAGUGACCAAUUCAUCCUAUAUUGGAUUCUCUACAGGGUUGAUAUCUGGUCCUUUGGAAUAACAGCACUCGAGCUUGCACAUGGUCAUGCUCCAUUUUCAAAGUACCCUCCAAUGAAGGUUUGACUCCUUUUUUCUGUCUCUUUAAUGUUGAAGUUACUUAUUUAUUGAAAAUGUUCACUGUGUAUAUUAGGAAGAAUAUGAUAUUCAUCAUGUAUGUGUACAUUAUGUACCAUAAUUGGCCACUUCCGGUUUUGACAAAGGUGACUUCUUUAACUGUGAUGGCUGCGAUAACCAUUUUCUUGUUGAUGCUUAUUUAUGGUCCUGAUUGCAUCAACUUUGGCAUGUUUGAAGGUAUACACUUUCACCACAUCAUUGAUCUUCUUUAAUGGAGUCAGUCGCUUUUUAGUUUGAAUUUCGCACCAACUUGGAUUCUCAGAACGUUGAGUGAGAGUCCUUCGAGCAAAAAAUAUGCAUAGGAUCAUGCAAGGUCUAAAUGGUCUUGUGUGAAGCUCAAAUGUGCAAGAGAUUCCCAUGAAAUGUAGACAUGCGGGAGGAUAGGUGUUAAGGUUUAUGUUCUUUUGUGCACGUUAACAUACUUCAAAUGACUAUCAUUGGAUCUUAGACUUUGUCAGUAAGAUGAAAGACUUGCCAAAUGUACUUCAUUUUGAGAAAUGAGAUGACAGAAUGUUCUUUCAUCAUCUUUAAUAACUGCACUUAUGACUGUUGUGAUCGUUUUUGUUCGCUGAUAUAGGUUCUCCUAAUGACCAUCCAGAAUGCUCCUCCUGGUCUUGACUAUGAUCGUGAUAAAAGGUUUUCGAAGGUACUGCUGUCUUCUUUCCCCCCACAGCUGGUGCUGCGUUGCAAAACGUUUUGUGACAGGUUUCUUUAUCUUAAACUGUAUGACAUGUACAAAUUAUAUGUAAUGAGCCAAGAUUCGUUAAUGUCCGGAAACAGGCGAUUCCUUUUUUUAUGUGUACUACGCUAAUGGUUCUUAGAUGAUACUCUUGUUUGACUUCUUAUGGGAUACUCUUCUAAUUAUGACAUUUCCAGUUGUGAUCAGUCAUUCAAAGAAAUGGUUGCUAUGUGCUUGGUGAAAGAUCAAACGAAGAGACCAACAGCAGAAAAAUUGUUAAAACACUCAUUUUUCAAGAAUGCAAAGCCACCAGAACUGUCUUUGAAAAGCAUUUUAGCUGACCUGCCUCCUCUUUGGGAACGUGUAAAAAUACUAAAGGUUUGUGAAUGGUGCAGAUGUGUUGAAGAUCUGCUAUUAUGUAUUUGUUUAUAUGAUAUUGUAAACGAGUUAAACAAUGCUUUGCAGAGAAAAGAUGCAGCGCAGCUAGCCCUAAAGAAAAUGCCAUCUGCUGAACAAGAGGCACUCUCACAGGUUAGAUAUGUAGGCAUUUUGACAUGUUUAGUUGUGUUUGUCUAUUUUUUUCUUUUUCUGGCAGAGAGAAGUUCUGCAAUGAUUUCAUUCGGUAUCGCAGAUGAGUAUGCAUUGGUACUUGUCUGA